ACAACAAAUACACAGAAAAUGUAUCACUGCACAAACAAGCUCUCUCAAAGAUGAUAUCCUUUGAUAGAAUGUACAGGGGCUCACAGUUCUUCAUUUCAUGCUUUAACUUUUGAAGUUACCAAAAAUACCUAUGACUCACAUGUAUGACAGGAAACCAAGCAAGAUAAAGAAUUUUUAAAAAUCCGCUUUGGCUGCACCUGCAGUUCAUUUAAGAACAAUGAGACAUCGACAGUAAACAGUGACGGAUUUUGAUGCCUUACUGUCAGAAGCCCGUCUUCUGUUGGUCUUGCUGUGGUUCAUCAAUGUCCCUCUGUGUCUUUGAUGUAUGCUGGAAUUAGAUAAUCUGACUCAUACAUCUGCCAUCCCAGCACUGCUGAGUGCUGGUUUUGAAUGUGGCCAUAACUGUGUCUGUGUGCAGUUUGCAGGCUUUCUCUGUUCACAUGGCAUUUCUCCACCUUCCAGUGCCCUGCAAUGGACUGACGUGCUGUUGAAGGUUUACCUCACUUUACACUGUGUGCUUCCUGCAUUAGGGUCUAGAAUCUGUCUUGAUCCGAUCUAGAUUCUACAUAAUUAUUCUAAUGAUGAAAACAGAUGAAUCUUUGACGCAACAGAGGGAUCAAAUAAAUAUACUUUUCAUAUAAGCAAAAACAUAGUAUAAAUACACAUCAACACUAAUUCAUGCAUCAUCUGUAUUCAUGCUGAUAUUUUAAUUUCAUUAAUAAAGGAGUCUAUCUUCCAAUAGUUUAUUUUCUGCUCAAUAGACAAAUAAUAAUAGAAUGACAUGCUGAAUAAUAUGAUAAUUAUAAUUUUUUGAUAUUAUUAAUGAUAAACUUUCAGCCUUGUGGUUUUGUCACUUCCUGUGUAAAGUGUCCACUCCCCCUUCACUCUGCCUGCUGUGUGUGAGAAUAGAAACGACAGAGACAGUGAUGGUACAGAGGAUGAGGAAGUGAGUGUCAGUCUCCACAGAUCUGGGCUCAGUGACACACGCACAUAUGGAUCCUCUGAUGCUCCUGUUUCUUCUCAUUGCUGGGCUCACAGGUGCUGACAGUGUGUCCACAGUUGGAUGGGUGACUGUACAGAGAGGAGGAUCUGUCACCAUCCCAUGUUUCUAUGAUGACAGAUAUAAGGCACAUGUGAAAUCCUGGUGUAAAGGGAGUUAUUGGAAGUCAUGUACUCCCAUAGUACACACUGACUCUCGACAGGAGGGUAACGUGUCAAUCAGAGAUGAUCCUGACCAGCGAGUCUUCACUGUGACCAUGAACAAUCUGACAGCUGGGGACUCUGGUUGGUACUCAUGCUUUGUAAAUAUCAGUGGAGCUUCAGAUGUUGGAGAUCGGGUUUACCUGUCAGUCACUGAAGGUGUGUCCACACUGAGACGGGUGUCUGUACAGAGAGGAGGAUCUGUCACCAUCCCAUGUUUAUAUGGUGACAGAUAUAAAACUCAUGUGAAAUACUGGUGCAGAGGGUUUAAUGUGAGUUCAUGUACUCCCAUAGUACACACUGACUCUCCACAGGAGGGUAAAGUGUCAGUCAGAGAUGAUCCUGACCAGCGAGUCUUCACUGUGACCAUCAAAAAUCUGACAGCUGGGGACUCUGAUUUGUACUGGUGUGGUGUGAAGCGUAGUGGAGCCUCAGAUGUUGGAGAUCGGGUUAACCUGUCAGUCACUGAUGGUCCUCCAGGGCUGUCAGUGGAGAAACAGAAGGUGACGGGUGUGGAUGGAGACAGUGUCAGUGUUCAGUGUUACUAUGGAAUCAACAAAAGACAUAGGAUGUGGUGUAAGAUUGGGGGCUCCUGUGCAUCAGAGACAUCAGCGAGUUUGGAUGGGAGGCCUGUCCUGAUCAGGGAUGACACAGUAAAUAAAGUCUUCAGUGUGACAAUGAGUGGACUGGAGAGGAAGGACACUGGCUGGUAUUGGUGUGCUGCUGGAAACCUGCAGAUCCCAGUUCAUAUUAAAGUUAAACAAGGAGGGGAUAAUGAAAAACUGAGCUCUUUGGUCCAGCUGGCUCUGUAUGUAGGACUGGGCUCAUUGGUGCUGCUGUUGGUCAUCAUCAUCACAUGGAAAGUGCAGGACAAAUACAAGAAAAAUGUGGCUGGGGGCCAAAAUCUAGGAAGGACACUGAACCCAAACCCUGAAUAUGCAGUAAUAGACAGAACUGGCAUCAGCGAGGGAGACCCCCCAGGACAGACCCCUGAGGAGCCUGGUGCUGAUGUCACCUACAGCUCCAUUGUCCUGCCAGUUCUAGAGCAGGUGUCCUCAGGAUGUUCUCCACACUGUCCUGCUGUGAACCCAGCCAGCGACGUGAUCUACAGCUCAGUCACCCAGAAGCACAGAGAGGGGGCAGCAACAGAGGCACUGCUCUACAUGUGGGGAGCUGCUGCCCAGGAUGAGAGGGACACGCAGAUACUCCAGUGAUGGGGAGGGAUCAUCGCCAUGGAGGAGAAUCUUACAGUGAUGGGCAGCAGUCUAAGCAGGGAUGCCCAGACCUCCCUCUCACCAGCCACCUCUUCCGGCUCCACCGGGGGAUACCAAGGCGUUCCCAGGCCAGCCGAGAGAGACGCCCCAGGGCCUCCUCCUGGUUGGACAUACCGGAAACACCUCCCCUGGGGGCGUCCAGGAGGCAUCCCAGCUAGAUGCCCGAACCCCUCAGUUGGCUCAGUUCAAUGCGGAGGAGCAGCGGCUUUACUCAGUGCUCCUCCCGAAUGUCUGAGCUCCUCACCCUGUCUCUAAGGCUGAGCCCAGGCCUGCUGUGGAGGAAGCUCAUUCCGGUCGUUUGUAUCCACAGUCUCAUUCUUUCAGUCACUACCCAGAGCUCAAGACCAUAGGUGAGGGUAGGAAGAUAGAUCGACUGGUAAAUCAAAAGCUUCGCCUUCCAGCUCAGCUCCCUCCUCUCGACAGUACAGUACAGCAUCCACAUUACUGCCAAUGCUGCACCGAUCCGUCUAUCGUUUCUCUUGUGUGUAAAGUAUACACACUGAUGAGGGUUUACUGACACCCCCUGCUGGAGUAACUUCACUAUUUUGAUGCUUUAUUACAGAUUUGCAGUUUAUUGAUAGAUGGAAUAUUACUGAAAAUGCAGAACACAGACUGUGUGACUUGUCAUACACCAUGUUAAUAAAAAUGCUUUUCAUUGCUCCUGCAUGCUGCAGUGGUGGCUGUGUGUAACACGGACGCCUCAUACUAUCAGGGGUUUGGGUUUGAAUCCUGCCCCUGGCUGUCAGUGUGCUGUUUGUGUCCCCGGUUUGGGCCCCGUGCUUCCUGGGAUGUGCCCCAGGCUGACUGUGACCCCAGCCUGGGCAAGAGGGGGAAAGAUAGACGGAUGAUUUUUAAACAUUUAAAACCCACAAAAGGGAGGCAGUGAGGUUAAGGAGAGUCAGGAAUUGAGUGUCAGUCUCCACAGAUCUGAGGUCAGCGAUACACACAUAAGGCUCCUCUGAUGCUCCUCUUCAUCUUCUUCUUCACUGAUGGGCCUCCAGGUGAGGAUCACUUACUCUGAGACAAGCUCUCACUCUCUCUCACUCCACCAUUCAGUGUAAUUAAGAUGAAGAUAAAUUUUACAUAAUAUAUUUACUACAUCUGUAUGUUUAUAUUCAUAUUCUUCCAUGAAGUUUUAUCACUUUCUGUUAGUUUUUCUGAAUUGCCAACCAAAACUCCUUCAUCAAAUCAAUUCCACAGUUUGCAAAAUGAUAAACACUGUUUGUCUGCUUAGAUACAAUUAGCAAAUCUGAAUCUCCCAAUUAGCAAAACUCUAAACACAUUCUCAUUCACAAAACACAUUUAGCAGUGUGGUGCACUUGGACCCAGAAUGGCACACACAGACUCUAAAAGUUACACAGAAAUAACACCCUGUUUUCAUCAUUAACACACUACCACUGAAAACUGUGAUGUGUGGAACCCAUUCAAUAAACAGGAUAUAAGCCAAGUCAAAUGAAAGCGGUGUGACUGAAUUCAACAUGGAGCAUUACAACAGAAGAGGAAGAGGAGUGUGAGUCAGAGGUGGUGGACGAGGAGGAAGACCAAGAAGAAGAGGUGUAAUUUCAAAUGAAAUCAGAGCAAGGGUCAUAGAUCACGUGGUUCGUGGCAUGACGAUGAGGGAAGCAGGACAACAUGUGCAACCAAAUCUAUGCCGGUUCACAGUGGCCUCCAUGGUCAGGACCUUCAGGGAAGAAAACCGGUAAAAUGUAUUUUUGUCUCUGAAAGUUACGGCGUGACUUCAGUGUCAGUCAGUGGCUCCACCAAUCUCUAUAAAGGGGACAGGGAAAAAUAAUUUCCUUACGGCACUAUAUCUGUUUUUGUACAGUGGAGAACAUUUACAGUACAGCAUGUAUACUGCUAACAAUAUUAUCUUUUUGCAGAAUUGACAGAUGGCCACAUACAGUAGGGGUGGAAGAGCACGUAAGUUCUCAGAAGAACAAGAGAUAGUAAUUGUUGAGAUGGUCCAUCAAAACAAUGCAAUACAACUGUGUGAAAUACAACAGCAGAUUAUUGAAGACAAUGUGCAUUUCGAUAGAAUAAAUCAUGUGAGUCUUUCAACAAAUGACCGUGUCCUGCAACGCAACCAGAUAAGGAUGAAACAAGCCUAUAGGGUGCCGUUUGAGCGAAACUGAAAUAGUGAAAGAGCAACGAAAUCAAUAUGUGCAAGUAACUAAACUGUUACAAUACACUCUGCACUAGCAUGUACAGUAUACUGUACUAUAUAUGUCAUUCACAGAACGGAGGGUAAUCUAUUUUCAUUGUGUAUAGAGACUUUUUGAACUUGACUCAAUGGAGAGGCCUCACGAAUACAUCUUCAUGGAUGAAGCUGGAUUCAAUCUGGCAAAAAGGAGAAAGAGAGGUCGCAGCAUAACUGGUCAACGUGCCAUUGUAGAAGUGCCUGGCCAGUGUGGUGGAAAUGUGACCAUAUGCGCUGCCAUCAGCAGCUAUGGGGUUGUCCACUGCCAUGUUGUUGUUGGGCCAUACGACACUGACCUUCUUCUAACAUUCCUGGAUGGUCUAUGGGAUGCUUUACUCAGACAUGAGCGGAGAGGUGACGAGCAGGCAGAGCAUCGCAUUUAUGUUAUCAUUUAGGACAAUGUGAGCUUUCACCGUGGUCCAAGAAUACGUGAUUGGUUUAACAAUAACCAGCAUUUUAUGAAUGUUUGCCUUCCACCAUACACUCCCUUUUUAAACCCUACUGAGGAAUUUUUCUCAGCAUGGCGGUGGAAAGUAUAUUACCGAAAUCCCUACAUACAGGAAAAUCUCAUCCAAGCAAUGGAUGCAGCGUGUGAUGAUGUAAGAAUGGAAUCUUGCCAAGGCUGGAUUCGGGAAGCCAAAGGAUUCUUUCCACGUUGUUUUGCAAGGGAGAACAUUGCAUGUGAUGUAGAUGACCUGUGGCCUGACUGGAUGCAAAGGCAUGAUGAUGCGGCUGAAUGACUGAUUGAUUUUGAUGUAAAAAUAUGUAAAAGUACAGAGUGCAUUUUGUUUUGCUGUAAAAAUUGUUGUUUUGCUGCUUUGUUUGGAUGUAAAUAAGCUUUCAUAGGUACAGGAAUGUCCUAAAUAAAGAUUAUUUUCCUUUUA